AUGAGCUACUACGGCCACCCCUUCAUCAUCCCCACCUACGCCCAGCAGCAGCAGGGCGUGUCGGGCUACGACCUCGCCGACAUCCAGAACGAGGAGCAGACCGCCCUCGCCUACCUCGCCUCAGUCCAGCGACGUAGGCAGGCCGCCGAGGCGGCGCAGCAGCUCGCUCAGCGCGAGCGCCAGCGUGCCGCUGCCGAGCGUGAGCGUGCGAUCCGCGUCGCCCAGCAGCGCCAGGCCCAGAUUGAGGCUGCCGCGAGGCGCGAGCGUGCCGUCCGCGAGGCGGCGGAGCGCGAGCGCCAACGUGAGCGUGCGAUGCAGCAAGCCCUCCAGCAGAAACGUCAGCAGGAGGUCGCCCGCGCCAUCUCCGCCGAGCGCCACCGACAGGCCAUGGCUGCCGCCGCGUACCAGCGCGCGCUGGCCCAGCACCGCGCCCAGGCCCAGGGCCAGCGUGGUCCCCAGACUGCCCAGGACCGCCAGCAGCAGCAGCAGUCCCGGGCCUACCAGCAGCAGCGCCAGCAGGUCGGCGCCGACUCUGGUACCCAGCACCACCCCUCUGCCGCUACCGCCGCGGCCCUCACCGCCCCCUCCGGACCCAGCGACGACGACGACGCCGGCCUCGAGGGCAUCAACUCCCUUCUCGGCUCUAUGUUUGGAUUCAACCUCGCCCCCGGCCCUGAGCCUGAGACGCCCCAGCCGCCCAAGCGCAGGCCUCAGCAGCAGAAGCCCAGGCAGCAGCAGCAGCAGCGUACUCCCCAGCAGACCCAGCAGACUCAACAAACUUCUACUUCCACUCAGCAGCAGCAGGGCGACCAGCCCCUCUCCCUCCGCCAGCAGAUCCAGCAGGGUGAGGCCGCCAAGCGCCAGCAGCAGGGCCAGCAGACCCAGCAGACUUCUCAGCAACAGCAGCAGCGUGGCCAGCAGGGCCAGGGUCAGGGCCAGGAGGUCCAGCCCAUGCUCGCCGUUGAGGGCGAGGACGGUUCGCUCUCCUUCCCUCCCGAGCUGAACGACCUCCUCGCUCAGAUGCUCGGUCUCCAGGUCGGUCCCGCCCAGCCCGGAGAGACGCAGAGGAACAACGCCGGUGAAGUUGUCGGCGACGCCGUUGAGGGCCUCAACGAGCUGCUCGGCCAGUACGGCCUCCAGUUCGUCCCCGAUGACGAGGCCGACGAUGCUCAGCAGCAGUCCCAGCAGCAGCAGGGCCAGCAGGCUAAGGGCACCCACGACGCUCCCUCUGGUCUCCCCGCUCCCAACCUGAGCUCGAAGGAGGCUCAGCCCCAGCAGCAGUCUCAGACCCAGACCUCGACUCAGUCCCAGCAGCAGCAGUCUCAGAAGACCCAGUCCCAGACCCAGACCUCGACCCAGCAGCAGCAGGGCCAGCACGACACCCACCUCGACCCCUCGGCCAAGCCCUUCCAGCCUAAGAAGAAGGACCAGAAGAAGAAGGCCGACUCCAAGGCCCCUGUCACCAGCACUUUGGACAACUACACCUCUCUCCCGCCUUUCCUCCGUGACCUCCUCGGCCAGAUGGAGUUCGCGAUCGGCCAGGACGAGCACCCCUGUUCCGGUGUCUGUGGCGGCAACUGCGACGGCCACACUUGCGGCGACGAGUGCCCCUGCGACGACGCCGCCAUGGAGGAGGCCUACCGCCAUGCUCAGGACGAGGCUGCUGCCGCCCGCCAGCGCGGCGGAACCAUCGGCGGUCCCGGCGCUGGCGCUGGCGCCGGUGCUGCCUACGGUAUCCCCCGCGAGGCGGCUCAGCCCGACUCUCGCGAGGCCGCUCAGAACGAGAAGCGUGCCGCGUCGAUCGACGGUGCCGCUGCCCAGGUCGCGCGCCAGUACGACCAGACGGGCAGCACCGACGUGCCCCUCACCGACGCCGCCAAGCGCGUGCACGACAGGGAUUUCCAGGCCCACGUCCCGACGCAGCAGGAGCAGAUCCAGCAGGCCGCCCGCUCCGAGGCCAAGGUCGCGCAGAUCGCUGACAGCGCCGCUGCCGCGGCGCGCGAGCUCAACUCGACCGGAACCACCAACAUCCCCAUGACGCAGGGUGCGCGCGACCACCGCGCCGAGGAGCGUGCUGAGCAGGAGCGUGUGACAAAGGAGGAGAAGCGCGAGUCCGAGUAUGCCGCGACUCACCCCCGCGUGCACAACAACCAGCAGCACCCCGACGCCGGAAGGCAGCACGAGAUGGCCCCCGCUGCCUCUGCUGCUGCGGCCGGCAUUGCCUCUGCCGACAACUCGCGCGCUGUCGCUCACGAGCGCGCUGCGGCCGAGCAGGCCGCCCGUGUUGCUCAGCAGCACCAGGCCGGCGCCCAGUCCAACGUCCCCCUCACGUCUGCUGCUCAGCAGCAGCGCAACGACCAGACGGCGGCGCAGCAGGCGGCCCAGGUCGCGCGUGACGAGCGCGCGUCCGGCCACACCAACGUGCCCCUCACUGGCGCUGCGCAGAUCCAGCAGCAGGACGAGCGCGCUGCUUCGCAGGCCGCCCACGCCGCCCGCGACCUUCACCGUACGGGCCACACCAAUGUUCCGACGACGCACGCUGCCCAGCGUGCCGCCGAGGAGGAGCGCCUGGCCGCCCUCGAGCGGAAGAAGGCGAAGAAGGACCGCCAGAGGCAGAAGAAGCAGGCGCUCCGCCAGAGGGCGGAGCAGGAGCGUGCGGCGCACGGCGCGGCGGCGGCCGGUCUCGACGACCUCAACAGCCCCGACGCGCAGCAGGCGCUAGGCCAGCUCAAGGCCAUCGACGACAAGUUCCGCCACCUCAACGCCGAGUUCAAGUUCCCGCACCAGCUCAACUUUGGCCCCUCUAAUGCCGACCAGACGCAGCCGCCCCUCCUCUUCGACCGCAACAACACGCCGUACCAUGCCCAGGCGCACAGCCUGCUCCAGCUCCUGCUCGAGUGCGACGGCGUCCAGUCCGAGGGCAACCGUGCCAUUCGCCAGAAGCGCAAGGAGAUGGUCCGCCGCAUCGAGGACGAGCUCCAGAUGCUCGAGAACGAACGCGAUCGCCAGUGGCGUAUCGUGAAGCAGAGGCGUGAGGAGGGUGAGAGCGACGAGGACAGCGAUGACGAGAGCGACAGCAGCUGGUGGUACGGCGGCGACUCGUCUUCGGCCGCGCCGUUUUAG